AUGCCGGCUAAAAAUACCGUCACUGCUUGUCACUCGGGCGGCUUGAUACCUCGGCCCGACAUCAUCACCACCAGCGCCGUCAUCGCCAUGGCUGCCGCCAACUCCUCCUACGGCGCCAAUAGGCUCGCCGCCUACCUCGCCAAGUUUAGCCCCGUACCCGCCUUCCCCGAGUACACCGGCCCCUACAAGGUUGGCACCAUGGAUGUCGAGAUCCCCGUCACCGACCUGCCCGCGCCCAGCCCGGCGCCCGCCGUCGCUGACGGCAUCGAGACGGUCCAGUACCGCGUCUUCUACCCCGCUGUCCCCGAGUCGGUCGAGAAGCCCAUCAGCUGGCUGCCCGCCCCCCAGCGCAACCACGUCUCCGCCUACACCCAGUUUGUCGGCAUCAACUCGACGCUGGCCGGCGUCCUCUCACAUCUUCACUACGCUACUAUUCCCGUCCACAAAAACGCGAAGCUCCUGCCCGCCGACACUGACGACCACCGUUGGCCGACCAUGAUCUUCUCCCACGGCCUCGGCGGCAACCGUACCUCGUACUCGUACAUCGCCGGCUCCCUCGCCUCCCAUGGCGUCGUCGUCUUCUGCCCCGAGCACCGCGACGGCAGCGCCGCCGUCACCUACAUCCGGCUCAAGGACCAGAUGGACCGCUUCUUCACUGCCAGCACCCGCCGCGAAGUCCCCUACAGUCGCAUCUCCCACACCAUCACCCCCGAGGUCUACGAGGCCCGCGAGGACCAGUUGCGCAUCCGCCUCUGGGAGUUGGGUCUCAUCCACGAGGCCAUCCAGGCUAUGGACUCAGGCGAUUCAUUUACCAAUCUCAACCUGUCCACGCCCAGCCUCGACCAGUUCACCGACGCCCUCGACGUCAAGCGCCCUGGUAGCAUCAUCUUUGCCGGCCACUCGUUUGGCGCCGCCACCGUCUAUCAGCUCCUCAAGAGCACCUACUACGCCGACGUCCCCGAAGUCGCCGCCAUGGAGAAGCCGCUCUUCACACCCGCCAAGAACAGCAGCAUCCGCAAGCAAAUCACAGAAAAGAACGUUACGAUGCUGCUCGACAUGUGGUGCCUCGCCCUUCUCGCCCCCAACUCGGCGCCCCUCUACAACCUCCCGCUGCCCGUCUACGCCGACACCUCGUCCGCCCCUGGUGGUACCGGCCUGCUGGCCGUCGAGUCCGAGUCGUUUUUCAAGUGGACGGAGCAUCUCGACGUCAAGGCGCGUCUGCUGUCUCCCGACCCAACCACCAAAGUCGUCGGCCCGCAAACAUUUGAGACCCAGAGCGGCAUGAAGCACGUCGAACCCAACUUUUUCUACGUCGUCAACUCGGCCCACCUCAGCCAGUCCGACUUUGGCAUCCUCUUCCCUUUUCUCACCAAAAAGAUUUUCGACGCCGAGCAACCCGAGCGCGCUCUGCGCCUCAACCUGCGCGCCCAGCUGCAGCUCUUGCGCGCCAACGGCAUCCCCGUCGCCCGCACCUACACUGGCGACCUCAUCGACGGCUCUCACAUGGACAAGUUCGACGUCAAGAAGAAGACGGACCCGGUCGGGCCGCACCCCACCGACGGCAUCGUCGACGACAAGGCCAUCUUUGACCGCAGUGGUAGCAACGUCGUCGAUAAUUGGGGUUGGAUCGAUGUCAUUGGCCUGGGCGACUCCGGCGAGAAGGAGACGACCAAGUCUGUCGCUGAACAAGUGGAAGACGGCGAAGAGGUCAUCAAGGGCGAACUCGAGCCUAGCGAACAGCGCCUGCCUGCCGCUGUCAACGCUGCCGCUUGA